AUGUCGGAAGCAUCGCUGAAGCCUUACCAGUCGGAGUACAUUGACCUAGCCCUCCAAUGGGAUAUUCUUCGUUUCGGUGGUCCGUUUACUCUCAAGUCUGGCCGUAAAUCACCCUACUUCUUCAACGCUGGCCUCUUCAAUUCCGGCCUGAAGUUGCAGAAGAUGGCGGAAUGCUACGCCAAUCGAAUUGUCGACAGUGGCGUGGAAUUCGAUGUGCUCUUUGGACCUGCAUACAAGGGCAUUCCACUCGUGGCUGCUACAGCCCUCGCUUUGGCUAAGAACCAUGGUCGCGAUGUAGCCUUCUGCUUUAACCGAAAGGAGGCAAAGACCCACGGUGAGGGCGGUAACCUUGUCGGUGCUCCCCUGAAGGGGCGCGUCCUUGUGGUGGAUGAUGUGAUCACCGCUGGAACUGCCAUCAAUGAGGCCGUGGACAUCAUUAAUGCCCAGCCAGAUGCUAAACUGAUUGGCGUUGUCAUCGCCCUGGAUCGUCAGGAGCGUGCCUCGGAAGAUACUCAGGAGAGCGCUAUUAUGCAGGUCGAAAAGCGUUUGGGUAUCAAGGUGUACAGCGUUGUGACGCUGGACCAAAUCAUCAAACACAUGGAACAGACCCGUGGUGAUGCUGCUCGCGCUGAUAUAGAAAGCAUGCAGGAGUACCGGAAGCGGUAUGGCUGUGCGUAG